CGCCAUUAUGGGAGUGUAGUGUAGAGAUCGUCUUCGUCUUCCUAGUAGAAUUUUAAAUUCGGAUUUUUUAGUAUUUAUUUAGUUUUAUUAAUUGUUAUUAUUAGUGCAUUUCAAUAAGCUGAUUGUCAAGAUGACGAACCGUGCGCUGGAGGCGUUCUUGGAGCUAUCCGACGACACCGAUUUUCCAUCCAAAGCCAAGGAAAUUGAUGAGUCUUUUGAGAGUUUGCUGAGGGAUGAUGUAUUACCUUUUAUAAAAGCAGCAAAAAAUUUUAUUGAAAAGGGAAUAGGAGAUUAUGCAGCGUUAGGUAUUGAAGAUGAGGUAGCAGCGCUGAAUCUGAAUGCAAAAAAGAAAGGAGGUGCCGUUAAAAAGAAAAAUGAAGUUCUCAAAGAGACUACCACUGAAAAUGUUGAUAAUGUCCAGGUUAAAAAAGAAAAACUAUCGAUACUUGAUAAAGAAAAUUGCACAAUAACGAAAAUGGAAAUGCCAGCACCGAAUUGGAUACCGCCCAAAAAGAAAGUUAAGGAAAUCAAGACUGAGAGGUCCACAAUGACUAGAACUACUAGAAGUAAAGUUGGAAAAGGAAACGCCUCUGAAAGAGAAUCGGACGUAAUCAUACAGAAUCCUGAAUUAUCAAUAAUAGAUUUGUCAGAUAAUGAAAAUAGCCAAACAGUUCAAACUAGAAGCGGGCGAACUAAGAAAAGAGAUCAAACUCAGGACAACAUGGACGCAGCCACCACCAAAAGCGCAAGAUCCAAAACCCGCAACCAGAAGGCCGAAAAUGUCAACGAAACCGUGGAAAUGGAGACGCGUAGCACCAGGACUAAGACUUUAAGGAAAGCCAAAAAAGACGAGGAAGUUCCUAAUGAGGAACCGGAAAUAGAACCUAGGAGUACCAGGACGAAAACUGUUAGAAAAAGGAAAGAUGCUAGCGAGGAUGAAGCUAAAAAUAGCGACAGUGAUGACAAUAAAAUGUCUACUAGGAAUGCUAAGGGUAAAACUGUCAAGAAGGCAAAAGACACAAGCGAGGAUGAAGCAAAAAAUAACAUUGCUGAAGAAAGUCAAAGGUCUACAAGGAGUGCAAGGACUAAAACUAUCAAAAAAACCAAUAAGGUAGAUGCCAGUGAAGAAGAGAGUGACAUUGAAUCCACGCGUAGUACUCGUACAAAAACCAUCAGAAAACAGACAGACACUGAACAUACAGCCGACAUACCAAAACCAGGCAAUAAAAGUGCGGUGUCCAAAUUAAAACGUUCCAGAAGCGGAGAAGACGAUGAGGAUGAUUCAGAAGAGAAGAUAAAGAGUAGAAAGAAAAGUAAGUCGAAUUCGCCACCACCAGUCAACAUUACCACUCAGAGUGAGUAUGAGGAUGCUCAAACGUCACCGGAUAAAGGAAAUGUCUGUGAGAAACCACUAAAUUCGACUUAUAUUGCUCCUAAUCCAGGACUGAAGCCAGUGCCUCCGUUGAAACAAAUAGAAACUGCUAGACCUCCUACAGCUGCAAAUGCUACAAUAGUAGUCUCAGAACCCAGCUACAAUAUUUUCAAAAAUAAAUCUGAUAAUAAUUUGUUUACUGACGAUGAGUCUUUGGAGCUCAAUAAAUCGCCAAAGAAGGAGGCACCGAUGUCUGCCAAAGAAGUAUUUAGUCCUUAUGCAAAAAGUUCAACCAAGAAAAAAGUCGAGGCUUUCGAAAAGCUUCAAAAGGUCAAUGAGGUUCCAGUUAAAUUAUCUGGUAUACCUAGAAGUGCACGUGAUACACCUAUAAAAGACAAGCUAAAAUUGAACAACACACCCUUAUCUAAAUUCAUGCCAACUAGCUGCAGCACAUCAAAAGUAUCCAGAUUAUUGAGCAGCCAGCAAUUGUCUAGAACAAGUAGCAAUGACAGCUUAUUAUCAAGGACUGCGAGUGCUCAAAAAGAUCCGAGGGAGAGACAAAGAAAAAAUCUGGAAAGGGAGCAAGCAUUGAAGAAAAAAGAAGCCAUGUUAUUGGCACAAGCUGAGGCUAAGAGGAAACAAAACGAAGAGAAGCAAUUGAAGGCACUACAGCAAAGAAAGUUAAUUGAAGUUGAAAAACAGAAACAACUCGAGUUACAAAAACAAAAGGAAGAUAGACAUAAACAGCGUGAACUAGAACGAGAAGAAUAUAACCAGAAGAAUAAAUUGGAGCUAGAAAAGAAACGUGCGGCGCAAAAGAAAAAAAUUCAGGAGCUACAGGAGCAACGUAAGGCGGAACAAGAAGCAAAGGAAUUACAGGAUCAACAUCAUCGCAAGCGAGAACCACCUGUUUAUAUGAUAAAUCCAGCGCCGCCUUUGCCUAGUUAUGCAUGCUAUGAUUCUGAUGAUGCUGAUCAUCCAUAUCCAGCUAAUGUCAUUGUUCCUCCUUGGAGUAAAUCCCGGGCAUUAAAUAUGUCUGGAUUAAACACGUUGGCGGCAGGAGAAAAAAUCAAAAACACCCUCUUCUGUAUACACGCCCAAACUCCAGAUCUUGCUGAAGUAUUUCAAAAUAUAGAUAGACGAAAACUACAAAGGAAUUCGAGUAGAUUGUGGAAGAGAGCUCCAAGAUACACCAUGAUGCCUGAUUUAAACGAGACCAAAUUUAGUGAAGAUGAAUUGGACAAUGAUGAUGAUGAAGGAUUCAAUGAUUAUUAAAUUAAUAUUUGAAAACUAAAGGAAGUAUUUUUCAAAGAAGCUACAAGGUUUUUACUUUAUGAAUAAAAUAUUUUUCAAUUUAUUUAUUAUUUUUUAAGUUUAUGAUGAAAGUAAAGGGUUUUCCAUUAAGUGGUGACAUUUUAAAUUUGGAGCCAUUUUUUUAUUUAAACUUUUGUUAUUUUUUGUCAGUUUUGAAGUGAAAAAUAUCUGAAUAAGGGCGGAUUUAUUCAUCUAUCAGAUAGCCAUCACAGCUAAGUUCACAAAUUUCUGUUUGUUGCUGUAUCUCAAUAUGCAAAAUGGUUUUGUGAAAUGUGUAUCUCCUACUAACUUGGUCAGUUUCUACACUACUACACCACAAACUCUACAAACAGUCUCUGAGAAAUGUUCAAUUCUGUAGUGGAUUUUCACUUUUUGUUAGAGCGUAUAUCGGCAUAUCGUCUCAAUUUCUUAAAUAGGAUAGUUUAAAUUUCAAAUCUGUCAAAAAAUAUCAUGCUGACAAAAGAAAAUGACAUGAAAUUGAAAAUGCAACUCUCAAUAGAAAACCCUACAUAUUUGGCUUAUGUAUAUAUAUGCAAUGCAUUAAAAACUUUGUGUUUGAAUAUGCCUGAAUGAGACUUGAAAGCUAAAGAAUGAUGCGUAGAAAAAAUAUAAUUAUUAUUUAUUUUCAUAUUUGUUAGAAUAUUAUUUAGUUUAUCGUUAAGUUCAUUGUUGUAGCAUAAUGUCUACAAAAGAAAAUUGGUUUGUAUUGUUUUGUAUUUUUCAAAUAUUUUUUCUUAUUACCUUUGUAAAUAUUGUGCUUAGUUUUAGUGCCUUCUGCAAUCUCGAAUUGAACAUGUAAUUUUUAAAUAUAAGUUUUGAAUGUCAAAAUGUGAACAAACCCAUUGUGCAAAACAUUAGUUAAUUGAUUUUUAUAUGUAAUAUGCAUUGAAUAAAGGUUAAUAUUCACAUACAAAGUUGUUUCUUCAGCCUUUGAUACCUGUUUGAAUUUGCAAAAAAAAAACAUGAGUCAGUGGUACAAAAGUGUGUCUUCGAUUUUUUGAAUCUAAUCGACAAAUACUUUAUUGUUAAUGAAUAAAUACCUUUGUGAAACCCUACAGAAAUUGGCACUGUGAAAAAUUAAAAGAGCGGAGCAGAAAAG